AUGGGGGAUCACAGAAUAAUGAUAGGUGUGUUGAUGUUGCUUUCAUGGGCCGCCUCAAUAGCUGCUGCCGUGGACUGCACCACUGUGACAGGGCUAAUCUCAGCCUGCUCCACCUUCAUUACCUAUGGCUCACCCGACCCCUACCCGGGCUCGCCAUGUUGUGAUGCUGUGAUGAACCUGAACUUGAUCGCGGACUCCACAGAUAAUAGGAGAUCCGUUUGUGGGUGCUUGAUGGGGCUCAUUACCACUUACAAUCCUAAUUCCACCGCUAUUGCUACUUUGCCAGGCUUUUGUGGAGUCGCACUGGGCUUCACCGUUGAUCCUAACACGGAUUGCAACUUGUAUAUCCUUCAAUCUCUCCCUAAAAAUCAUAAGCAUGGGAUGCAAGGUGGCUCUAAUGAAGAGACGCAUGGAGGAUCAAAUAAGAAGCUGCCUUCAGCUACGGAUAGAAGGAUAAAAAUACUUCACAAGCAAUAA